CUGCCCAUCAAUUCACAGCACCCAAAGGAAUAAAGGAAGUGACACUGGACUGGAGAAGGAGUCCUGACCUAAGAAGUUUGAUCAGUAAGACUGCUGAAAACAUGUGAUAUAUGCAUGCUGCUGUCCUGUGUGCACCUGAUUCGCCGACCUCUCCAGUGCAUCCAACCUUUGAUUGUCUUGCCUUCCCGCUCCUUCAUGGAUCUAAAAACUCUAGUUUCCUCCUUGAAUGACUUUGCUUCACUCUCUCUGGCUGAAAGCUGGGACAAUGUAGGAUUACUGGUAGAACCGAGCCCACCCCAUACUGUGAGCACACUCUUCCUAACUAAUGACCUUACAGAGGAAGUAAUGCAGGAGGCAUUGCAGAAGAAGGCAGAUCUUAUCCUCUCUUACCACCCACCCAUAUUCCGAGCACUCAAGCGCAUAACAUGGAAAACCUGGAAAGAGCGUCUUGUGAUCCAGGCUUUGGAACACAGAGUUGGCAUUUACUCUCCACACACAGCAUAUGAUGCCAUACCUCAUGGAGUCAAUAACUGGCUAGCCAAAGGACUUGGUGUCUGUGCCACUGUCCCACUACACCCAUCAAUGGCUCCCAGCUACCCAACUGAGGGCACUCACCGAGUGGAAUUCAGUGUGGACCAUACUGAGCACCUGGAUACAAUCCUAUCCAACAUGCGAGGGAUCCCAGAGAUUUCAUCUCUCGUUACUCUCCCUGCCAGGGCUGAAGGUGAGGAGCAGACACGAGUCAGUUUGAACUGCACCCAGAAGGCACUACUGGAGGUGGUGGCAUUAUUGUCACAGAACAGCCUUCUUUAUCACAAGACUGAAAUAAUGUUAUUACAGAAGCCUCUGCUUCCACAUACUGGAAUGGGACGCCUAUGCACGCUGAGUGAGCCAGUCUCCCUGUCAGCCUUGACUGAACGAAUCAAAAGCCACCUAAGGCUGCCUUACAUACGCCUGGCCCUGGGAACAGGGAAGACAUUAGAAGCCAAAGUGAAAGUGGCUGCUGUGUGUGCUGGCUCUGGGAGCAGUGUCCUGCAGGGUGUGGAAGCCGACCUCUAUCUCACUGGAGAGAUGUCCCACCAUGAAGUACUGGAUGCUGUUGCCAGAGGGAUAAGCGUGAUUUUGUGUGAGCACAGUAACACUGAGCGAGGCUUUCUGUCAGAGUUGCGAGAUAUGCUGGCUACACACUUAGAGAAUAAGAUUACCAUCAUUGUGUCAGAGAGAGACAGAGACCCUCUUCAGGUGGUAUAGAAGACAGCAAGGGUCACAGCAUGGAGUCCAGAGUUUGUGUCCCACACAGACUUAAUGCAAGUGCAAAUUUGAUUAAGAUGCUCCGAACUGGUACAGUCGAGAAUAACUGUACAAUACAUUCCCCAAAGUGUGGGAGAGGUAAAAAUAUCUGUCAGGUAAAGAAGAAUGUUAAUUUUGGGCUGACAAACUAUUUCCUGAAGAUUACUACUUGCUGCACUCAGUAGGGAUGGGAUCAUGAGACUGUAACUGAGUAAUCCAGCAAGAAUAAUAUAGGCUUGAUGUCAUCAAUCUAUAGAGCUUGGUUUCAUAGCCCCACCAGUACUAGAAUAUGUCCCUAAUCAUCAGUACAAGUGACUUACUUACAUUUUAGGGGAUGGAACUUCUGUUAACAUUUCAUUAACUAUUUACAGCUUGUUGACUCUAAAUACUGCUAAUGCACAGCAAAACUGUAUAAAAAAUGUGGAACAAGAUUUUGGCAUUUGGUACUAAUAUGUAAUCCUUGAUGUUGCAUUAAGGUUCUUCUAUGCACAAUUGGGAAAUUCCAACUUGUUUCCUUAACCUCAUUAUACAUAAGUAUCAGUUUUAAUUGGUCUCCUCUUUAUAAAGCAAAUUUCUUUACCUAUGCUACUAAAACUGCAGGAUUACCUACAUUGAAGUAAUGUCUGUUUUUCAUCAUAAAUGUUGAGCACUUACUUUAUAGUUCAGUAAAGCUUUGAAAAUGAAAGGAAA